UAAAAUAUACAAAAAAAAUCGUUUAUAAUUCACUCUCAAUUGGAGUGCAAUAUAAGAUAUACCACUUGAAAUGGAUGAGAAGAAAAAGUCUAUCGAUAACAACAAUGAGGAUCAACUGGAAGUGCCAAAGAAGGGUCAGAAAUAUCCACUUUCCAUAGCAUUCAUAAUCGGUAAUGAAUUUUGCGAGAGAUUCUCAUACUAUGGAGCAAAAGCAAUUCUUGUCCUCUUUUUUCGUGAUAUACUACUGUAUAACGAAAAUGAGUCGACAGAGUACUACCAUAUCUUUGCAAUGGCCUGUUAUUUCACACCAGUUAUCGGCGCUAUUAUUGCCGAUUCAUUUCUCGGAAAAUUUAGAACCAUUUUAUACAUUUCAAUACUCUAUGCCAUCGGUAACAUACUUUUGUCGUAUUCAUCAUAUUUGGUCUCAAAACCAGUAACAUGGGUCGGAUUAGUGGCGAUAGCAUUGGGAACGGGAGGAAUAAAACCAUGUGUAUCGGCAUUUGGUGGCGACCAGUUUGGUCCGGGACAGGAAAGCCAACUACAAAAGUUUUUCUCACUCUUCUACAUCUCCAUCAAUGCCGGCAGUCUAUUGUCCACAUUUUUGACACCAAUUUUGCGCGAAGACGUCAAGUGUUUCAAUAGCACGAGUUGUUUUCCACUGGCAUUUGGCGUACCGGCGGCUCUCAUGAUUGUUGCACUGAUUUUGUUUGUUUUGGGAAAGUUUAUUACCGACUAUGUUAUGGUUCCGCCAAAAAAGGACAGCGUUGUCGUCCAAGUGGUUCAAUGCGUUUUUAUAUCAUUGUCAAGAAAAUGGUUUAAACGAAUGCCUAAAAGAGAUCAUUGGUUAGACUAUGCGGACGACAAGUUUGAUGCACAAACAAUAGGCGACAUAAAAGCAUUGAUGAGAGUAUUGUUUCUAUAUUUACCACUUCCUAUAUUUUGGGCACUUUUUGAUCAACAGGGUUCCCGAUGGACAUUACAAGCGUCAACAAUGGACGGUAACUUUUUUGGUGUAUAUCGUAUAAAACCGGAUCAGAUUCAAGUGGUGAAUCCCAUAUUAAUUAUAUUGUUUAUACCAAUCUUCGAGUACGGUGUGUACCCGUUGUGCGCAAAAUUCAAUUUCUUAAGGAAACCUCUUCAGCGCAUCGUUACGGGCGGUAUUUUUGCGGCCAUCGCCUUCUGUGUCUGCGGUUUCUUCCAGUUAUCCAUUGAAAGCGAAUUACCGCCUGAGCUAAAGCCCAAUCAAAUUCAUUGGACAGUUGUCAACGGUCUCAACGCAAGCAUCAAAAUCGAUAGUCCGCUCAUACCUGAAAAAGAUGCCACAAUUGAGAGCUAUAAUCUAUUUAUUAGAGAAAAUCUUAAACUUAAUGAUCUAAAUAAUAAUCUUAAGUUUACGAUAACAUUAGAUGAAAAUGCAAUAAUACCGGGAUGUAAUCAAAAGGUUUAUACUGUAGAUGUAAACCGAAAGUUUGAUACGGGAGUCAUCUUUAUGAUAACCGAAAAUAUAUGUUCAGCUGAUCCAAACAUCGAGAUAUUUAAUUUUACUAAUAUUUUGAGUAAGACUGAUAAGGGCGGUGCAAACGCUGCCGUUGUAUUCAAUUUAAAGAACGUCGACUUAGUAACCGAUCCAUCAGUUCCGAGAUUUUUGUUUAAGACAAAAGACUUUUCGAAAGCUUUUUCCGUAGAACAGGUGUCAGCAUUUGAUUUGGGCGACAAUGGUAUCGGUGUCGCCGGUUAUACUACUUAUAAGAGUGAUAUCGACGUCAAAAGCGGCGGAAAGUAUGAGCUGUUUUUGUUGCGAAACGGAUCCACAAGUGGUGGCGAUAGAGAAGUAUCCACUGAUUUGCAGUUUGGACAGGGAGGCUCUUAUAUUAUUAUUGUUGCCGGAGAUUACACAAAGAACACCUUCCGAGUGGUUACACAUAAUGUGGUUAAAGUUAAUUCCGUUUCAAUGUUUUGGCAAAUAAUUCAGUACUCGAUUAUAACGGGCGGAGAAAUCAUGUUUUCAAUCACUGGAUUAGAGUUUUCUUAUUCUCAGGCACCGGCCAGCAUGAAGGCGGUACUGACGGCCGCCUGGCUAUUGACUGUGGCUUUCGGUAAUCUAAUAAUUGUCAUCAUAUCCUCUGCCCGUAUAUUUGAAGUUCAGUCCUACGAAUUUUUCUUCUUCGCCGGUCUUAUGGUGGCCGAUAUGAUUGUGUUCGCUAUAAUGGCUUACUUUUAUGUCCCUUACCGACCCCUUCACAUCACACAAACUACACCAACAACAACAACAAGCGUUUACAAUGACACUAAUGAAGAGAAAAGUACUCAUUUGAACGGAAAGACUAAUAAAGAGGACCCAAACCAAGUCAAUGACAAUAACACCAAUGGUAUCGCAAACGAGGCCUUUCAUGAAGAGGAUACCAAAUUUUGAGAUCUAAUUAAUA